AUGGCAUCCUCAGGACCACGACGCUCAGAUCGACCCACCAAAGGACAGCACAGCAGGUUCGCAGCAGCACUGGAAUCAGUCCGUAUCCUGGGUCAGCCCCCUGCUGGAAAUUCGGCCGGUGCAGCUGCUUCCACCACGCCCAGCACUGCAUCUGCAGCAGCCGCCCUCAACUCUGCAUCAGCAUGCCAAUGGGCUGCAACAGCACGGGACGUCGUCUCUUUCUCAUCUCGCGCAGCAACCCACAUCGCCCCUGCAGCAGCAGCAGCCGUCAGCAAGUCUGCAGCAGCAGCAGCCGUCAGCAAGUCUGCAGCAGCAGCCGUCAGCAAGUCUGCAGCAGCAGCAGCCGUCAGCAUCUCUGCAUCAGCAGCAGCCGUCAGCAUCUCUGCAUCAGCAGCAGCCGUCAGCAUCUCUGCAUCAGCCGCAGCCGUCAGCAUCUCUGCAUCAGCAGCAGCCGUCAGCAUCUCUGCAUCAGCCGCAGCCGUCAGCAAGUCUGCAGCAGCAGCAGCCGUCAGCAUCUCUGCAUCAGCAGCCGCCGUCAGCAACUCUCGUUCAGCAGCAGCCGUCUGCACCGCUGCACCAGCAAACCAAUGGGCAGCAGCAUCAGGGCACAUCGGCUCUUCCACAUCACGCGCGUGUGCAGCAUCAGCAUCAGCCCACGUCGCCUCUGCAUCAGCAGCAGCCCUCGUCGCCCCUGCAUCAGCAGCAGCCCACGGCGCCUGUGCAUCAGCAGCAGCCCACGGCGCCUGUGCAUCAGCAGCAGACCUCAUCAGCUCUUGCAUCCCCACUCAGUGGCCAUAUCACGAUGCAGAGGAGGGGAACGAGAUCAUCGACAGUGUUACUCGAGCCGAAUUCGAGGACACGCAAAGGGAGAACCGUGAGUUCCGGCGCCGCCUUAUGGAGUAUGAGAACGAGCGACGCAACAUGCAGCGGGCUGCGGCGAACUCACCGCCCAACAAUGGAGGAGAGGGCAGCAGCAACCCGGCAAACUCCCCCAACAUUGACCCUGCCGAGGAUGCGGCGCCGGAUGGGAGCGGGCAGGCAGGUGCGGGUGGGAACGCAACGCGCAAUGACGGCGUGGCAGCUGCUACUAUGCUGCCGCCGGUCCCCAGCGUCCUUCGUGUGGAGCCGAACCGAAAUGCCAUCCAAAACGCGGUGAAGCUGGCGCACAAGCGAGGCGUCAUACUGGACCUGCAACAACUGUCAAGCAUGCAGCUGACGUGGGCUCACCGCUACGCCGCCGCCUUGGCGGGCGUCCCUGACAUGCACAACGGUUUUAAGGGAGCGGCGAAGCGUGCAGUGGAAAUCAUGUACUUCGAGACGCCCGAUGUCGACCUUGAGUAUUGGACGCCUGCACCUGCCAAGGCUGCGGGACCAUACAGCCCCUUGUGCCCCGUUCUCACCAAGCCCCAACUCCCUUGUGCCACUUCCUUCCCUUUCCAGCAGGCACACCUGCUGGCAACCUGCAGUGCAACUGCCAUAUCUGUGGGUUUCAAGGUGUGGGCCAAGUGCCUCGUUCUAACCAGCCGCUCCCUCUCUUGUGCCCCCACCUUCCCCUUCCAGCAGGCGCACCUGAGGGCAAAAAACCCCAACCGUUGCCGUGGAUAG